ACUAGUCGGCAGUGACCAGCAGUGACGGUAGUGUCGGCACUCGGCACCAUCGACAGAGUCGACAGUGGCAUCAUGGCGAUCGGCUAGGGGAGUCAGCAGUCAGCACGCAUCGCUCAGAAAAUUUACCGUGAACCCGUACACGAUCACAGUAUUCGUGAUUAUCGUGAAUUACGCGCAUCGAAUUUCCCGUCAGAUGACCGCAUAUCGAUCUUUCCGUGCGUAGUAACGUCGAAACGCGAAUGACACAAUGGUGAAGUUGACGGAAGAGAUGGUCGUGGCUCGCACGCGAGUGUCUGACUUUUCUGCCGUAAAGAAACUCAAUUGCUGGGGAACAGAUAUAACAGACGUCAGCAUCUUAAGAAAAAUGAAGAAUGUGGAGGUGUUGUCACUGAGCAUAAAUAACAUUAAUACACUUGCCGAUUUUCAAUACUGCCACAAGCUUCAGGAUUUAUUUAUAAGACGAAAUAAUAUUAAAGAUUUAAAUGAAGUUUGCUAUCUCCAAGGAUUACCUAAUUUACGAAAUUUGUGGCUCGGUGAAAAUCCAUGUGCAGAAAAGGAUGGAUAUCGAUUAGCUGUACUUCGAGCUUUGCCAAAUCUUGAGAAAUUAGAUGACAAGGUAGUGUCACCCGAAGAAGUGCAAACUGCAAUGACAAUAGGUCGAUCUUUAAUACAUCCUCUUGAAAUAGAUGCUUCUCCACAAUCGGAUGUAGUAAGCCCAGAGGAUAUCGCGAUUGAAUAUAUUGAAGAAACUGAAUUGGGACGAUCUAGGAGGUACAGUUCUUCUAGUGAUCAGAGAAGCUUUGAUGAAAUCCAACAUACUCAUGAAGAAUAUGACCCUGACAGAAGAAACGCAAAUUAUAAUGCGUCAUCGUCACAUCAUUACUCACAAAAUAAUCAAUAUGCAUAUGAGCUACAAAAUGGACAAUCAAAGAAUCAGAGCAAAGAUGACACUGUGUGUACAGAGUCACGCAGCAACAAUGAGACUGUGGCCACUAACACUCUUGAAAUAUCCAAGGUACAUUUAAGUACAGCGCAUUUUUAAACAUAUUUGCGAUUCUGCGGUCAUUCAUAUUAUCCAUAAUAUAAACGAUUAAAUACGUUUCAUAAUCAUAUCUCAGUAAUACUGUCAUUGUGUAUAUUACUGUUUAUUAGCAAGUAUGAUUAGAUCACUCGAAUUUGACAUGUUUUCUGGCUACAUAUCACUUUGUAUAACUCAGCUUAGGACAUUUAAUAAUGAGGAACUUUUUUUUAUUUUAAUCGCUUUAACUUAUCUAACAUAUUUUUACAUUGACCAAUAAAAUUAGAAAUAAAUAGGACUUAAUAA